AUGAAUCAUCUUAUUCAAGACAAUAUCGCAGGCUUUUCUAAUUCUAUUGUAGCCAAUAUGGAUAUGGAUACUACUAAUACUCAAUCUCUUCGAGGUGGAAGGAGCAAAAGAAAUAUUAAUACAUCAAGUGAAGUUGCUGAAAGAAAUGGAGAAGAUUCUUUAUUAAGAAAAAGAAAAGCAGCCGAAUAUGAAAGUUUCGGGGGGAAAAAGAAGGCUGCCAAAAAGAGAAAAGGAAAGGAGGGAAGAGCAGCGAGAUACAUUAAAGAAUGUAGUAAUGAUACUAAGAAAAGAAUCGAAAGGGCUAUAAAACAGCCCAUAUAUUUGAUUGGCUAUGAAGAAAUCAACCCAACAAAACAAGAAUACACAGUCCUAGGCGAAACUGGAUGUCAGCCAAGCAAAAGUACUGUUGAGGAACUUAAAAAUAUUGCCUCAAGACCACAACACAAUCGCAAACCAAUAGAUGAUGACUGUCCAGUUUGUUACGAACCUUUGAAUAAUCAAAAAAUCUUGGUUUGGUGUGAAGGUGGUUGUGGAAAAAAUUUACACCAAGAUUGCUUUUUAAAAUGGGAAAGUACAUUUCAAGCAAAUCGAAAG